AUGGACUCCAAGGCCCUGAACCAGUUCAGAAGGAUGAUCCUGUGCGUGAUGCCCGACAGCUGGCCCGCUCUCGACUACGCCGACUACGGCUGCUACUGCGGCAAGGGAGGCUCCGGCACACCCGUGGAUGAUCUGGAUCGGUGCUGCCAAGUGCACGACUAUUGCUACGACCACGCCGUGCAGCACGAUGUGUGCUGGCCCAUCGUAGACAAUCCUGACACCGAGCUGUACGACUACAGCUGUGACGAGAAGAACAGGAAGGUCACUUGUGGCCCAAACAACAACGAGUGCGAGAUGCUCAUCUGCGAGUGUGACAGGAAGGCCGCAGAGUGUUUUGGGGGAGCGCCUUGGAUCCCCGAGCACGAGCACCUGCCCAGCGACCGCUGCCAGUGA